AAGCACUAGCAAGACUCUACUAUACAUGGGGGCCGGGCGUGACGUCCGUACGUGCGUCGUCGCCGCCGUCCCUAGCUAGCUAAGGACGACGAGAGGUAGAGGAGCAGGGCGUGAUAAUGGCGCUGUCGCGGAAGGCGUGGAUCGCCGCCGGCAUCGGUGCGCGGCUGCUCAUGAUCGCGGCCCUGGCCGUCAGCGUGCCGCUCACGGUCCACAACCACACCAAGCGCGACUACGGCAGCGAUGACUUCUACAAGCUCCAGAGCUACUCGUACGCGGUGGCGGUGGCGGUGAUCGCGAUGGCCGCCGGCGUGCUGCAGAUCCCCGUCUCCGUCUACCUCCUCUGCAUGAGCAAGCGGGUGACGCCCAGCGCCCUCAUCCUCGACAUCAGCCUGUGCGCCGACGUGGUGGUCACCGUUCUGCUGGCCAGCGGCGUCGGCGCGGGGUUCGGCGCCACCAACGACGCCUUGCGGUACGUCCACCACGUGAGGUGGGACGACGCCGGCGUCAAAGACGAUCUCGUCGACUACUACAACAAGGCGACCGUCCCCGUGGUCUUCCUCCUCCUCGGGACGGUGCUGUCCAUGGCCGCCACUGUCGUCUCGGCCAGGCUCCGGGCCCGGGCGACCGAUGACCACACCGACUUCUGACGACCAUCGAUCGAUCGCACGUCUCUCACCAUCUCUCGAUCCAGGCGGCCAAGAUCAUCGUCGAUUCUGUCCAUAUUAUUACCCCCCAGUAUCCCCCACAACAUUUCAGAUCUGUAUGUACGUUGUGUGUGCUUGUGAUUUGAUUUUCAGUUUGAUUAUCGUUUGUCCAACGCUGUACAAACAGUGGGAUUGGAAGACCUCCUUCGGCUAUAUAUACCCUCCUCCUGGCAUGCAGUCACCCUCUCUUUUCCAUGUGAUAUUUUGUGCAUACGUCUCCUUUCUGUAUACUGGCUAGCAAAUGUGUGCCCUUGUGUGUUGCUACAGAAUGCAAAGCCUUAUCAUGCAUACAGAGUCACCUAAACGAUGUGUGGUGUGAACGUGUGGUUCACCGUUUAUCUGUUUUAAUUUGGACGACACGUUUGGGGAAUAAUUGAACUGGAAUCGGACUUUAUAUUGUCA